UAUUCGCCACCCGCUCUUCCUCUUUUCUGGCAGCAGCCAACACAGCCGCAGAGCGCAGACAUGCAGGACACGGGCAAAAAAACAACUUGUUCCCCUGCGAGGCUGCUGAACCGGGGCACAUGCUGAAGGUCUCGGCUGCCGGGAACCCAGCUGGACCAGAUUUACUGCUAAUCCAGCAAAAAGAGCGAGUGGAGACAACCUGCUGGACUCUUCUGUGCUUUUCCUUUCCUGACAGGCCUUUCAGAGGUUCUGUUCUGGUCUCCUGGAAGAUGUCAGGAUCUUUACAGUCACUUUGAGAAAAGCUGGAUGUUCAUGACCAAAUGUAGAGCUGUGGUGUCCCAGGACAAGCGGUUUGGAGGCACAAUGUCGGCCUCGCAGGGGAUGAAUCGCACCAGCAUCUACAGCUACUUCCUCAACAUGAUGGCAUAUCAGAUUUGCUGCUGCUGUGGACCGGCUCCCUGCUCGCUCUGCUGUGCCUUCUGUCCUCCGGUCAAAUCGUCCACCAGCACGCGGGUCAUGUACACGCUCUUCCACAUCAUGAGCUGCGCCGUCUCCUGCCUCAUGCUGUCCCGCACCGUCUCUGAGCUCGUCAGGGAAAACGUGCCUUUCUUUAAUGUGGUGUGCGACCAGGCGCACGGCGGAGGCCACUGUGAGAUGCUGGUGGGCUACUCGGCCGUCUACAGGGUCUGCUUCGGCACCUCCUGCUUCUACCUGAUGAUGGCGAUCUUCCUCAUCGACGUGAAGUCCAGUCAGGACUACAGAGCGCUCAUCCACAACGGCUUCUGGUUUUUGAAGCUCAUCACUCUGCUUGGGAUGUGCACUGCCGCCUUCUUCAUCCCAACGGAGUCAUUCCUGCACGCUUGGCAUUAUGUUGGAGUGGUGGGAGGAUUUGCCUUCAUCCUCAUUCAGCUCAUCCUCAUCACAGCUUUUGCACACACUUGGAACAAGAACUGGUUGACCGGAGCAGCAGAAAACAAGCGCUGGUACCUGGCUGUGAUGAGCGCCACCCUCUUCUUCUACACCAUAGCCACCAUGGCCUUCACCUUCAUGUACAAAUACUACACACACCCCAUCGCCUGCCACUUCAACAAGGUGUUGCUGUGGAUCAACCUGGGACUCUGUGGCCUCAUGUCCUUCAUCGCCGUCACGCCAUGCGUCAAGCAGAAGCAACCUCGCUCUGGCCUCCUUCAGGCCUCCAUCAUCAGCUGUUACGUCAUGUACCUCACCUUCUCCGCCCUGUCCAGCCGACCACCUGAGAAGGUUGUGUACCAGGGUAUGAACAUGACUGUCUGUUACCCCAGCGUGGGACAAGAUGGCAUCCAGAACGAAGGCAAUGCUGUUGCCAUAAUUGGAGCUGCCAUCAUGUACUGCUGUGUCCUGUUUGCAUGUAACGAAGCUUCCUACCUGGCGGAGGUGUUCGGGCCUUUUUGGAUGAUCAAAGUUUACCGAUAUGAGUUCCAGAAAGCAACCUGCUGUUUCUGCUGCCCUGAGGAGGAACCUGUUGAAGAUGAGUUUGUGGUUGAUGACGACAACAAAGGCUGUCAGAAAGUCAUUCACAACGAGACCCAAAGAGUGGCAUACAGCUACUUCUUCUUCCAUUUCGUCUUCUUCUUGGCCUCGCUGUACGUCAUGAUGACCCUCACUAACUGGUUCAGCUAUGAGUCAGCAGUACUGGAGACCACCUUCACCCAUGGCUGCUGGUCUACCUUCUGGGUGAAGAUGUCAUCCUGUUGGGCCUGUGUGAUCCUCUACCUCUGGCUGCUGCUUGGCCCUCUGUGCAACUGUCAGAAUGAGUCCAGACCGCGGCGCUCCCGCAUCAAACGCCGUCCAGCAUCCUGCCGCCAUGUCAGCGUCAGCGUUUGACAGAACCUGUGGGCAGCCAGGCUGAAAGGAGCUACGCACGACUCUGAGCUUUCUGUGGUGCGUCCGAGGAGACUUUUAUGAAUGAAGGUCAUUGGGGUCAUAAGGUCAAAGACUCACAGACUUGUGAGAAGCGGCGUGAGAGGCCUCAGUGCUUGGUGCCCUGUUGAGUUGUGAUGAACUUGUCCUGGUGUCACACACCCUAACACACAUCAAGGACGUGUGUGUUGUUUGAAACACACUUACUGAACAAACUGCCAAAGGGACACCGAUGACUGGACUGUCCAAUGUGGCAACUUCAAAUAUGGAGAAAUGUCUUUUUUAUUGUUCAAAUACUAUUGUAUUUUAUACUGUUUUACAGUAUUUAGACUUUUAAUAUUAUGCACAAUAAAUCUAGAUGUAUCAUUGUUGCAGAGGAACAAACUCCAAGCAUUUAGACUAGAUUUGUUUUUACUGGUGAAUAAAGAAUAGUCGUCUGGUCUCACACAAACAUGAGCAUGAGCUCCACAACAGACAGCGAUUACACAGAGCUUUCCUCUCUAAUGGUUCAUUUAUAAAGGCUGGCAAAAUAUAUAACUACCAGGUUAUCAGACAUGAAACUCUCAGAAGGUGAUGGCUGAACGUGCGUCUGAUCCACUUUCUGAGUAAAUCCCGUUUGACAGGCUGAAACUGGCGGUUUCAGUUUUAGCUGAGAGUCAUUUGUCAUAAAUACUCCGAGGACUAACCCUAACUCCAAUCCCUUCAAGAUGAAAGGUGACUGGAUUUGUGUUGUUAAUAAAUUAUUGAAACAAUAAAACAAACAGUUUAUUCCUGAAAUCUGACCCUUUCAUCACCUGGCUCUAAUUUCAAACCUUACUGAUAACAAAAACAUUGUGAUUAAUGAGAUAGCUGUAACACGCAUGUUUCUUCUGAGUAUCAUCACAAAUAAUAAUUACACAAGCUUUGUUUCACGUUCUGUUCAAUAUGUGUAAUGAACAGAUUUCACUUUUCUAACAAUUAUUUAUUUUUCUGACUCAAAGUCAAAGAAAGAUUUGCUCAAACCUGAAACUGCCCAAGAUCACAAAAGAGUAUAACUUCUGCAUCUGUUCAUGAGAUUUAAUUUAAAUGCUCACUGAGGUUUACAGGAUUGACGGAUUGGCAGCUAAACAGAAAUGAAUGAUGCUGUGAAAACACAACAGAGGUGAUUAAAAACAACAGGAGGAAACUGAUGCUCGCAUUCUGUUGCUUUACAGGUCAUCAUCCACUUCUGCUCAUUCCUGUCCAGAAAGGAAUAAUACUUGUUUACAUUUUUGUUUUACAGUUGCUGUAAUUGUUAAGUAAAAUGUGAAUUAAAAACACCAAAAAAAAAAGAAGAAGAAGAAAACAAGAAAAAAGUUGUAUCUGAUGUGUCAAGCCUUCAGAAACCAUCGUGUCUCCAACACACUGAGAGGACCUAUGAUGCAAAUCUGAAAUAGACCUCUUUUAUAAUCACUAGACGUUUUGUCUCCUGAGGGGAAACUGAGCUAAAUGUCUGCGAUGACUUUACUGUUAACGAGUGGGAAUCAGACUCAGUUCAAUAGAUGGGUGGUUAAACUUGUUUUAUUUGUUGUAGGCUUGAAGCUUUUUGUAAAUAAAAGUUUUCUUACAAA